GAGGAAGCAUGGCAGUUAUACAAUAUCAUGGAACACGAAUCGGAGAAGAUUCAACCUACCACUGCUACCUAUUCUUUGAUGCUCCUCGCAUGGCUACGCUUCAACCCUGAUUCUGAAACCCCCGUCAACCUCACAAUUGCCCAUAAUCCCACCAAACUUCUCACCAGCAUAAUUGAUCGUCAAAUUUCAGUUUCCCAUAUCGUUUCCGACCGUGUCUUCACAUCCUCUGAAGAAGCAUCACAGGUCAUAAAGUUGUUAUCUAGAGCAGCUGUGGAUCUCAAUUUGUCACGGGUUGUCUCAGAGUUGGGACAAAUCGAGGCAAUGGCUACCCAGUCACCCGAUCCCCUAGAGAGCGUUCCAGAGGUCACUCCAGUUAUGCGCUGGAAGGAAGCUGUGGACGAGGACGGCACUGUGAUACCGAGUGCAUCUCAGGAAGAAAUGCCCUUUAACUUGAGUAAUUUGCGCAAACAUCUAACGCAAGUUCAACUCGCGCGACGCGUCUUAUCAGAAGAUGUCGCAGCAAGGCAAAAGCUGCUGGAAGAGUCAGUGUAUGAUGUCGCUGUCGCUCGACUCAAGCAUGAAGCGGAUCUUUUUGAUGAGCUCGGAUUGAACAACAAGGGUCUCAAACGUGCCGAUUUACAACGGUGGAUGUGGGACUGGCAUCAGAAACUUCAGCCACGCCUUGACGCCGAAAUACAGGAAAUCAUUGUUGCUGAGGAGAAGGCAGGAUGCUCUACCGGUGCUGAAUAUUGUGUUAUAGAUAGCAGAGGCAAAGGAACGAAUUUAGGACCAUUCCUUCAGCUUGUUAAACCCUCCAAACUUUCUCUUAUCACCAUCCUUGAAAUCAUGCGGUUAAAUGGCAGUGGCGGUGUUUCGGACGGUAUGAAAACUGCUCGCGCGUUGCUCACUGUCGGGCGUGCAGUAGAAAACGAAUACAAAGCCCAGAUGUGCAAGCGCAACAAUAUAGCCAUACCUUCUCAAUCUCGGCCGGGUGAAUAUGGCUUCUUUACUGGGUUUGGGUACAGAGAUCUGCAUGCUCGACGUGUGACGGCAGCAAAAUAUACUAUGGACAGCGAAGAAUGGACAACUGAGUGGACACAACUACUUCGCGUACGUGUGGGUAGUAUCCUAGUGGACUGUUUGAUGGAUGUAGCAACUGUUACGAGAACGGCCAUCGAUAAACGCACCCAGGAGACUAUCUCGGAGGACCAGCCUGCGUUCUAUCAUGCAUACGAGUAUGUACGGGGGCAGAAACUAGGAGUCAUUCGACUGAAUCCCGUAGUGGCUGACCGAAUAGCAAAAGACGGUCUUCGUGAGACCCUCCACCCUCGUCACCUACCAAUGUUGGUCAAACCUAAACCAUGGUUGAAUUAUGAUCAAGGUGGUUAUCUUUACAAUAAAUCUUCCGCCAUGCGCUUCAAGGAUUCACAAGAGCAGCAAAGCUACCUUCAACAUGCCUCUGAACUUGGCAAUGUUGAACUUGUGUAUGCUGGACUCGAUGUCCUCGGUAGCACUCCUUGGAAAAUCAAUCGCAAUGUCUUCGACGUAGUACUGACAGUAUGGAACUCGGGAGAGCGUCUUUGCAAGCUACCUCCCUCAGUUUUCGAUCAGCCAGAGCCAGAAAAACCGGACAACUUGAGCAUGGAUAUCAAAGCCAAGAGUGUCUAUGGCCAGAGACUCAAGGCGUACAUGCAAGCCAAGGCGAAUAAUCACUCUGACAGAUGUAGCGUCAACUACAAGAUCGAGAUCGCGCGUGCUUUCUUGGGAGACACGAUGUAUCUACCUCACAACCUCGACUUCCGUGGUCGCGCAUAUCCCAUCCCGCCGCAUUUGAAUCACAUUGGAGACGAUUUGAGUCGUGGUUUGCUAAUGUUCGGAGAAGCCAAGCCGCUUGGCGAACGAGGACUCAGGUGGUUGAAGAUUCACCUUGCCAACUUGUACGGCUUCGACAAAGCCAAUUUUGACGAGCGCGUGGAAUAUGUGAUGGAACGUCUGGACGAAGUGUAUGACAGUGCGGAGAAGCCACUUGAGGGCAGACGCUGGUGGACUAAAGCUGACGACCCUUGGCAAUGUCUGGCUACGUGUAUGGAGUUACGCGCCGCUCUUGAAUCCGAAGACCCCGAGGCUUACAUGUCAUCGUUGCCUGUGCAUCAAGACGGGACAUGUAAUGGGCUGCAGCACUAUGCAGCUCUGGGAGGCGACAAUCGCGGUGCGCAGCAAGUGAACUUGAGUGUGACCGAACGUCCCUCAGACGUAUACACAUACGUUGCAAACAUGGUCCAGCGACAACUGGACGAAGACGCAGCAAAUGAUCAUAAGUACGCCAAGAUGCUACAGGGCAAGGUGGCGCGUAAAGUUGUUAAGCAGACUGUUAUGACCACUGUAUAUGGUGUCACGUACAUUGGUGCCCGCGACCAAAUUGAGAGACAACUUAAAGACAGGAAAGACAUACCCGAAGAGGAGUGCUGGAAUGCUGCAGCUUAUCUAGCCAAAAAGACACUGUUCUGCAUUGGUGAUCUGUUCAGUGGUGCCAAGGCCAUUCAGACGUGGCUCAAUCUUUGUGCGCGGCUCGUUGCUAAAUCUAUACCAGCUGAGCGCAUCCCAGAAGCGCUUGAGGCUGAAAAGACGAAGAGGCGCCUUCCGGUGUCAACUAACCGCAUCCGCAAGGAGCAGAUGACGUCCGUUGUAUGGACAACACCCCUUGGCCUACCGAUUGUGCAACCAUACAGGAAGGUCAAACGAAAGCAAAUCAUGACUGCCUUGCAAACGGUCUACAUCUCUGACCCCAAUGCACCUGCUGAAGUUAAUGCUAAUAAGCAAGCCUCUGCAUUCCCCCCUAAUUUCAUUCAUAGUCUGGAUGCGACGCACAUGAUGCUGACUGCACUUGAAUGUCGAACUCAAGGAGUCACAUUCGCUUCCGUUCACGAUUCCUACUGGACGCAUGCAUCAAGUAUCGACCAGAUGUCCGAAAUCAUCCGCGACACUUUCAUUGCUCUUCACUCUUCUGAUGUGCUUGGCAAGCUAUACAGCGAGUUCAAGGAGCGCUACCGCACUCAUAAGAUCCCCCUUGCCAGUCUUCGCACCGGAAAGAUGAUGAAGCACCUCCAACAAGUCGGAGUUUCCCUUGCUCGAGAGCAGGCUACAGGACUUGGCGAUACAGGACUCGGUUCCCUCGUCAAAGUGGUGGACAAAGAACAGAUCGACACGGGUUCAGCUAAGGCAGGGCCUGCCAAGAGAGGACGAAAGAAGAAGUCCAUUAUGGAAGAAGAGACUGUUUUGGCGGAAGACGAGGAUGAGGAAGACGAAGAAGAGGUGAUAGAUCCGGCAUUACAAGACAAGUUUGUCGACUUGUGUGAUGUGUUGCCACCCGUGCCGAAGAAGGGCGAUUUCAAUGUGGAGACGAUCAAGCGGUCGCAGUACUUCUUCUCAUAGUCCUCUUCAUUUCGAUGGCGUCCCAACCUCUAAAGGUUUUUGGGCUUAUUUUUGCUUUCUCUUUCCCUUGCUAUCACAAUUCCUAUCGCAUGACGCAUUUGCCUCGCUGGUUAUUAUUCGCAAUAUAUCUAACGCACUAAUGUAUUUUACUUACAUAGUACAUCCUAUAGAUAGUAGACAGAGACAUCCACUUGUUGAUAUCAUUCAACUCAGCUUUUGAAACUUACCCUCCUCACUCUAAAAAAGUUACUUACAUUAGCGUAAGACUGACUAUCAUGUCCAAUCAUAAAAAUGAUGAUCUAUUUGCUAGUCACGGACGAAGCUCAAAAAACCAUCAGCCCCAGUACCAACCUGCUCCGUCGAGCUGGAAGUGACCUUAGGCUCUGAAGCCUUGGUGGGUUCAGCGGCAUCGUAUGUUGCGAGUUCGGACGCGAGGUCGGAGGGAAGCACCGGGGGUUUUGGUGCGGGGGGCAACGAGUAGGCUUUCACACUGCCAACGUGUGCAUCCUUAGCCUGUGACCACCGCCGAAAGCCGGCAGUCAGCAACCUGGGGAUAUCUGGGAAAUGCGAAACGCGAAACAUACGGGUGGAGGCGCCUUGUAAGCUUUUAUUUCUCUAACGUAGAGGCUCUGGACGAUGUCUGUAUGAAGAUGGAUAGAAAUAUGAAGGUCAAUACGAUGCGUCGGAGAAAAGCGGGGAUGGGGGGUCGACCUUCGCGAACGACCGUCGUCGAAAAAAAUGCACGAGAACGCGAUGCACUGCGAGCCUGAAUACCCAAUAUUUAUGCAUUUAUUGUUAGUUAUCAUACACCAAAGGAAAGGGCUGAAAGUAGAC